GAAAGUUUAUUAUAGUUCAUGGUUUCAAUUAUAAUUAGGAUAAGAUACUGGAAAUGUGUUUUAUCGUAUUUUAUUUAAUAGCUAAGAAAUGACCUUUAUCAUCACAGAACUCAAUAUUUUCUAGACGAAUUAUGUUUAAUUAAUGCCUAUUUAUAUAACUAAAUAGCUAUAGUAAAUUGUAAAAUUUUUUAUUUAUAUUUAAAACUAUACAUACAUUACGUUAUUCGUUGUACACUCUUUCAUAUUCAACCAACAUUUUAUUUUUGAACUAACCAGUUUGGAUAAGAUUUUUUUAAAUAUAAUAAUUAUGUCGAAGACUUAUGAAAUUGGUUUCAUUGGUGCUGGUAGUAUGGCCAAAGCCAUUGGUCUAGGAUUUGUAUCUAAAGGUGUUGUUAAAGCAGAAGAUAUAAUUGUAUCAGCUCCAUCAGAAAAUAAUAAAGCACCAUGGAGAAAUAAAGGAGUAACUGUAACAAACGAUAAUAAUCAAGUAUUUUCCAGUUGUAAAAUAUUAUUUUUGGCUGUCAAACCUCAGCAUUUUUCUUAUGUAGUUUCUAAGUUAAAUACCAAAAAUGAAGGUAUACCCAUAAAAAUUAUAGUGUCUAUCAUGGCUGGUAUACCUUGUAAAAAAUUAAAUGAGAUAUUUAUACUUAAUUCUAAUUUGAAUCUAGCACCUAGUUGUGUAUUUAAAGUAAUGCCCAAUACGCCAAGUCUAAUUGGAGAAGGUUUUUCCGUUAUUUGUCAUGAGUCAUGUGCUAUUCCAGAAGAACUCUCCCUAACUUUACCAAAAGUUAUAUCAUUAAUGUCUGCUAUUGGAAAGGCAGAAGUUAUACCAGAAUCAUUAAUGGAUGCAGCUGGAGCUUUAUCUGGAUGUGGACCAGCUUAUACUUUUCUCAUUAUUGAAGCUUUAGUCGAUGGUGCUGUUAAGCAAGGUAUCCCCCGAAAUUUAGCAGUUCAAUUAGCAGCUAGUACUUUAGCUGGAUCAAGUCGUAUGGUUUUAGAGACAGGGAAACAUACUGCUGAACUUAAGGAUAUGGUAACGUCUGCUGGAGGUUCUACAAUUGCAGCUUUACAUGCUUUAGAAAAAGGAGGUGUAAGGUCUGCAUUAAUGGAUGCAAUUGAAGCUGCAACAAAAAGAUCGAAAGAAAUGGCUGAUAAACCAUGAUACUUAUGUACAUUAAAAAAUGUAUUAAUCUGUACAAUUAUAACUGUAAUUCUUUGUAUUUACACUAGUUUUAUAAAACAUAUUGUAUGGUUUUAAUUUAUUUUUCAACUAAUAAAUAUAUCAAAAUUUUA